AUGCACAACGUGCUGACGCGCGGCAACUCGCUGCUGGCCUUCACCCUCUGGGUCAUGGCCGGAGUCACCGCCGCCUGCUUCCUCACCACCGUUUUCCUCGACUACACAACGCCGACGAAGCUCGAGGUGAAGGAUAUCAAACUGAGAACGGUGGUGGACUACGCGACGGACGAACGCAAAGUGGAUCUGGCGACGUUGGCGUUCGAUUUGGAGGUCGACUUUACGAAAAUCUUCAACUGGAAUGUGAAACAACUGUUUGUGUACCUCGUCGCCGAGUACAAGUCUCGCGAAAGUGUAGGAAAAUGUCCAAGUUUGUACCUAAUUAUUGAUUUUUUGUUGCAGGUUGUGAAUCAGGUGGUGCUGUGGGAUCAGAUUGUCGAGCGCGCGGAACGAGUGGUGCUGAACGAGAAGGGAAAAAAGACAAAGUACUAUUUCAUCGACAACGGAAACUCGCUGCUUAAGCACAAGAACGUCUCGUUCUCGCUCCGGUACAACGUGAUUCCGAACUCUGGAUACCUGCGUCUGGUACAGUCGGCCGAGCCGGUCACCGUCGAGUUCCCCACCCAAUACAGCAUUACGAGACGGUGA